AUGUUGUUAUACUCCAUUGUAGCACUGGCUACUAGCAUUACUGCUGUGUCAGCGCAAUUCGUAAAGCCACCUACUGACUUGAAGAAAGUGUCUGGUCAUGCGGGUACCACUGUCCGUUAUAAGGAAGUGCCUGCUGGUAUCUGUGAAACAACGGAAGGGGUGAAGAGCUACUCUGGCUAUGUCGAUACAGAAAAAGAUGAACAUAUUUUCUUCUGGUACUUUGAGUCACGCAAGGAUCCCAAGAAUGCUCCUCUUACUGUUUGGUUUAAUGGUGGGCCCGGCUCUUCUUCCAUGAUUGGCUUGUUCCAAGAAGUGGGUCCUUGUGGCAUAUAUCCGAAUGGGACCUUGUAUAACAAUGAAUAUGCCUGGAAUUCGGAGUCUAACCUGCUCAUUGUUGAUCAACCUGUCACUACUGGAUUCUCGUACUCGGAAGUUGGGCCUGUUAUCAUGGAUACUAGGGGUAUUGUUGUAAAGGAACUUGAGGAUAACAAGUGUCCUGACGAUACUCAUUUCUUCGAAACGUGUGCGACAUUGUCGUUGCCUAGCAAGACAAAGGCACCGAAGUCCACCAGCCAAGCUGCGCCGGCGAUGUGGAAAACCGUUCAAGGCUUUUUGGGUGCGUUCCCCGAACUUGAGAACGCCCCUAUCACUAUUGCUACGGAGUCAUACGGUGGUCAUUAUGCCCCUACCUUUGCAACCUACUUCUUGGAACAAAAUGAUAAGAAUGUGGAAGGCGCUAUUCUUCUGAACUUGAAGUCUGUUAUGAUUGGCAAUGGUUGGUAUGACCCAAAGGUUCAGUACAUGGCUUUCUACAACUUUACUGUGAGCCCCGGAAAUACCUAUGACCUCAAACCCUUUAGCAAGGAGAAGGGUGAAGAUCUCUACACGCAAGUCUUUGGACAUGGCAUGUGUCUUGAUCUAAUUGAGGACUGUUAUCGUACCAACAGCGCCAGUGUCUGUCGCAAGGCUGAUGGCUUUUGUGCUUCAUCUGUGGAGCAGUUCUUGACUCGCCACGCCCACCGCGAUGAGUAUGACAUCCGCCAGGUUGACCCUGAUCGCUUCCCUUACUCGAGGUAUGCGUCGUAUCUAAAUGAGGCGCAUGUCCUGAAAGCCAUCGGUGCCUUCCAGAACUACACGGAAUCGUCUGAUCUUAUCUGGAAGUCAUUCUCAAAGACUGGUGAUGAUGCUCGUCGUCGUGGCUCCAUUUCCAAGCUGAGGGAACUAGUUAAGCGUGGCAUUACUGUGACGCUUUAUGCUGGUGAUGCGGACUACAAUUGUAACUGGCUGGGUGGUGAGAUUGUGGCUGAAAAAGUUGGUGGAGCGAGCUUCUCGAAGGCCGGCUACCAGAACAUAACGUCAAAGAACAAAGAUGUACCUGGUCAAGUGAAGCAGCACGGUCGCUUUAGCUUUGCUCGUAUUUACUACAGUGGCCAUGAGGUUCCCUUCUACCAGCCUAUUGCGGCUUCAGAGCUCCACCACCGUACUGUUCAUGGGCUGGACUUGGCUACUGGUCAAGAAGCUGUCUCUGAUGGUUACGUGACAAAGGGCUCUCCGAAGAGUGAAUUCCGCGAGGGCGGUGAUACGGUGCAGCACCAUAUUGCGAAGACCGGCUCUCUCUACGACUUUAAGAAGCACAUCCCUGUCAAGCCGAACUAA